CCUUUUGGCCCAUCCCGCUGCCGACCGCCCUAGAACACUCCCCUCGCUCGUCUUCCCCGCGAGCGCCGCCACCCCUCCCUCCUUCUGUCCCAUCCCGCCGCCGAGCGCCGCCCCCUCGCUCGUCUUCCUCCUCGCGCGGGCGCCGCCACCGCAGGCACUCAAAACCUCUAAGAUGGCAGAUGAGGAGCAUGCCCAAACUUCUAGGAAGAGGGUUGCAGAUAAACAAAUCAAUAAGGACAAUCCUGAGCCUGAUGAUGACUCAACGGAGCAAGAGGAUGGGACGUUUAAGAAAGCUACCGAAGAAGUGAUGGCAACCCGAAGGAUUGUUAAGGUUCGGCGCCAGCAGCCGAAGCCAGCUCCUUCUAAUCCUUUCUCUGCCAUUAGAUUUACCCCAAGUGAUUCUAGUGUUCAAUCAAGUGUCCCUGUCUCAGAGCCUCCACCUUCUGAUGUCACAGUGACAAAUGUGAAGGACAGUUGCUUGAGUGAGAAAACUAAUGAGGGCAGCAAUGGCAGUGGGAAAGAUGCAUUAUCCGCAACGGACAAGAAUGCAGAUUCUAAUGAGGUGGAUGAGAUUCAAAAGGAUGAAGCAGCCCCAGAAGAGUCAGAUGCAGAAGACAAGUCCAGUGCUCCAACAGAAGCACCCUCUCCACUUGUUGAGACUGAUGACAAGGCAGAUGACGCAGGGGAUGGAACGGGUGAGGACAAAGUGGUAGUUGGAGAACCCAAGGAAGAUAACUGCAAGACAUCUGGAAUGGAAGGCAAGACAGAAGAUGUAGAGGCCGAAGAGAAGAAAGCAGCAACUGAAGCUGGAGAUGAAGAUAAAUUCAGCAAGGAUGAUGCUGAGAAGAAAGAUGAAGCUGAAUCAAGGGCUAAGGAUGGAUCAUGUGAGCAGAAGGAUGCUGAGAAAUCAUCACCGACACCUCUUUUCUCUUUCAAGAACCUGUCAAGUGGCCAAAAUGCCUUCACAGGACUGGCUGGAACUGGUUUUUCAGGCUCAUCAUUUUCAUUUGGCUCAGUCUCUAAAGAGAGCUCAAAUGCUCCUCUAUUUGGGCUAAAGAGUGAUGGUUCAUCUUUCCCUUCUUUCAAUAUUGGUGGUACGAGCAACGGAAGUUCUGCCUCAGCGCUCGCCACUGCAGCAGAAGCACCAAAGAAAUUUGCUAUGCCAGAGGGCCCAGUUGAAACAGGUGAAGAAAACGAAAAGGCUGUAUUUACUGCUGAGUCUGCAAUAUAUGAGUACCUUGAUGGGGGCUGGAAAGAAAGAGGAAAAGGAGAGCUAAAGUUGAACAUCCCGGUAUCUGGUAGUGGCGAGAGAUCUCGGCUAAUCAUGAGGGCCAGGGGCAACUACCGACUGAUUCUGAAUGCAAGCCUCUAUGAAGACAUGUCGCUGAAGGACAUGGAUAAGAAGGGCGUGACAUUUGCUUGUAUUAACAGCAUCGGCCAAUCCCCUAGUGGGCUUACCACAUUUGCUGUCAAGUUCAAGGAUACCGGCAUCAGGGAAGAUUUCAAAGCUGCGGUGGGGGCGCACAAGGCUAAGAAGACUCCCGACGCAGCGCUGAAGACACCUGAGAACUCCCCGAAGGCAUCUGAUGAUUGAAAGAAACCGCUCGGUUUCAUGUUCUUUUGAUGUGUAUGCGAAGGAAGGAGCUGAGAUUCUCCUUGUUCUUUCAGAGUCUCAAGUAAAACUGUUUGGGAGCGGUGGGUAUGUGUGUCAAACUUAAAUUAUAGUCAUAAUCUUAGUAACUGGAGAGAUGAGACUGUAUAAUCCUGUGGGCACAGAUGCGAAUUUUAGGUACUGUCUUGGAACGAGUUAUCCCUGGUGUAUGCAUGUUUUUUAAGGGACGCUGGUGUAUGCAUCUUGUCAAUGUUUGCAGCUU